AUGAUCCAAACAACAAACGGGUCGGGUCGUCGGGUAUUCAACUUCCCGGCGGUUCAUCCAUCCCCAAACAUUGCUCUUUCCACUCUUCUCACUUCCCUCAUCGCUCUCUCCGAUGAUAUUUCCAAUUUCCAACACAAAUUCUUCUCUUCCAAUAAACGAAACGCGAGAAACGCUGUUCGUUUGAUUCAUCUCCUCCAACCAUUCCUUCAUGAUAUCCGAGAAAAUCACUCCAAUCUUCCAUCUCCGGCGACCCUUUGUUUCACCGAGCUUCAUUUCAUCUUCCAGAAGCUUCUAUUCUUGAUGGAAGAUUCAACCAGAGAAGGUGCGAGGUUGUUUAUGUUAAUGGAGUCGGGUCGGGUUGCGACGAUGUACGGGGUGUUGUUCCGAUCCGUUACGACUGCGCUUGAUAUUUUUCCUUUUGAUAGUGUUUAUAUGUCUGUGGAAGCUAAAGAGGAUGUUUUGUUGUUGAUGAAGCAAGCGAGGGAGGGAAGGUUUGAAUUUGAGGCUGAGGACGAGGAUGUGGUGAUGUGUGUUGUGAAUGUCUUGAAGCUGUUUGAGAAAAGGGUUGCUCCUGAAAAGUUUGAUAUGAAACGUGUUCUUGAUUAUAUUGGGGUUUUGAAGUGGAGUGAGGUUAAUAAAGAGGUGAAGUUUUUGGAUGGUGAAAUUGGGUUUGAAUGGUUGAAUGAGAAAAAGAAAAAGGUGGGUUCUUUAAGUGGUUUGAUGGGGUUUAUGAGUUAUUGUAGAUGUGUGGUGAUGGAAAUCGUGGACUUUGAAGAGGGGGAAAGUAGUAAUAAAAUUGAUACAAGAAUAGAAACUGAAAUGAUUUUGAGUUGUGUAAACUCGGAUGAUUUUCGAUGUCCAAUCUCUUUGGAAUUGAUGAGUGAUCCUGUCAAUAUAGAAACAGGUCAUACUUAUGAUCGUUCUUCAAUUCUCAAAUGGUUUAGAAGUGGAAAUGCAAUGUGUCCAAAGACGGGUAAAAGUCUUAGCAGCAUUGAAUUGGUACCUAAUUUGGUACUUGGGAAGUUGAUUCAACAAUACUGCAAUGUCAAUGGCAUUCCUUUUUCUGAUUCGGGUCGUCGGAAUCGGGACAUGACAAGGACAAUGCAGCCUGGAAGUGCAGCUGCUGAGGGAGCAAUGAAGCUCUUGGCUGGUUUUCUUUGUGGAUGUCUUGACAACGGAAAUGUGGAACAGAAGAGCCGUGCUGCAUUGGAGGCAAGAGUUCUUACCAAAACAAGCAUUUUUAGUAGGUCUUGUUUGGUAGAAGCUGGUUCAGUUCCUCUUUUGUUGUUGUUGUUGGCAUCAAGUGAUUCAUCAGCACAAGAGAAUGCUAUUGCAGCCCUUUUAAACCUCUCAAAAUACACCAAAAGUAGAAGUGAAAUGGUUGAAAAUUGGGGAUUAGAAAUGAUUGUUGGGGUCUUAAACAAAGGGAUAACAAUCAAAGCAAAACAACAUGCUGCAGCAGUGUUGUUUUACCUUGCUUCAAAUGCCGACCAUGGUAACUUAAUCGGCAAAGAGCCAGAAGCAAUUCCAUCAUUGAUCAGUCUCAUCAAAGACGGCACUGAUCGAAGUGUAAAGAAUGGCUUGGUUGCAAUUUUUGGCCUCCUAAAAAGCCAUGAAAAUCACAAGAGGAUACUUGCUGGUCAAGCAAUUCCUUUGUUAGUUAACAUCUUAAAAGCACAUGAAAAAGAAGACUUUGUCACAGACUCACUAGCAAUUCUAGCAACUCUUGCAGAGAAAAGUGACGGAACAAUGGAAAUCCUUCGUUUUGGAGCUUUGCAUGUAGCCGUUGAAGUUAUGAGUCCUUCCUCCACUACUUCAAGAUUAGGGAAAGAGCAUUGUGUGUCUUUGUUGCUUUCUCUAUCAAUGAAUGGAGGAGAAAAUGUGGUUGCUCAUUUAGUAAAGAGUUCUUCUCUUAUGGAAUCUUUAUAUUCACAACUAAGUGAAGGAACUUCUAAAGCAAGCAAAAAGGCAAGUUCUCUCAUAAGGGUUCUUCAUGAUUUUUAUGAAAGGGGAUCCUCUAACUACAAGACAUCAGUUAUUCCACGUGAACAAUUCAUUCAUGUAUGGUAA